AUGGGUCGGCCAGGGUAUACCAGGUUGUUCGGAGUUCCCCUUUCCCCCCCGCGCGACCACGAAAAGUGUGUAGUUCCUUCAUUUCCCUCGGGCCGUUUUUCUUCGUACUUGUCCACCGUCCGUUCGUCCCGUUCUUCAAAGCCGUCCACGAUGGCUCUUCCGUCUUCCCCCUCGUUUCCCUCAUUUUCCUCGUCAUCUGUGUCGAGCUCCAUGUCAUCUCCUCCCUCGCAUGGUGGAGUUCUUGGACACCAGCGAAGUGGAAGCGAUGGAGGACAAGGCAGAAAUGCCGCCACCGAGAAGCAGGGUCUGUUGUCAUCUUCGCGUGCAUCGCAUUCGCCCGCGAAUCGUCAGCCGUGUCAGGCUGCGGGACCUUCGACUUUUGCCUUCAGUCCAGCUUCUGCGUAUCAAACUCGACAGAGACUCUUCUCUCAGGUGCGUGCGUGCUCGCCUGGAUCCUUUUCUCUCUCACAUUCCUCCCUCUCUUCUUCGUCGCCGUCGUUUCGGUGCUUUUCACCCCUUUCGGCGCACCGUGCGCCUGAGGCCGACCGUAGUUUCUUUUCGCGUUUCUUCUCCUUCCUGCCGACUGGCUCUUUCGCUAAGCCGCAGCACGCGGCCUCCCCUUGCGCUUCUCCAGAAGCGCGAGCGCAACUCGGUCGAGACUCUUUGCUUCCUUUGGAGGAGAAAUCCGAGCAACGCCCUUCAGAUGCGCUAUACGUCUUUCAACGCGGCGAAUUUCUACAUGCGCUGCUGCAUACUCUGGCGGGCGUGUCAGGAGCCACCGUCGCGAUGAUCCUCGUGUACCCGUUGGAUUUGUUACGAACGGAGCAAACUGUGAAAGGAAUUGGAGCCGGGUCGAUGCGAGAGGAGGCGCUUCUGUUGAUCAGGAGAAAAGGGUGGCGAGGAAUGUACAGGGGACUCACCAGCUCGCUCUGGGGCGUUGUCGUCAGCUGGGGUGUCUACUUUUUCAUCUAUUCCUACGCAAAGGCUUAUCUCCAGAAACGAGGCUUCACUUCCAAAGGCAUGUCCAGCAUCAUUAUCGCCGUCGCGGCGGGGAUCUGUUCGACAAUUGCCAGCAACCCUUUCUGGGUCGCUAACACGCGCAUCAAACUGGGAGCUUCACGCCACACAACUGAUGUCUGGCGGAUGCUCGGCUAUAUUUUAAGGAGGGAAGGGCUUCGAGGCUGGUUUGCUGGGCUUUUGCCUGCUCUCAUGUUGGUCUCCAAUCCGGCGAUUCAAUUUGUUCUGUACGACUUUCUGAAGGACACUCUGACGGCAGUCAAGGAAAUUCAGGCGAGUCUCCGUGCGGGGAGUCCUGCGCGUGGAGAGAGAUCCCCGCAGCUGUCUGUCCGGUCGCUCUCGUUUCCUUCUGCUUCGUCUGAUUCCUCGCUAGUGUGUCCGGCACAGCCCGGACAAGCACUGCCAGCUGUUAGGCCUUUGCUCUCCGGUGCUGGGAAGCGACAUGCUGCCUUCUCGCCUUCGCUGAAGCGAAGCGAGCAAACGGUGUCGAUCACCGUCCCGCAGAAGAGCGAAAAAGACACACAACGCACACCGAGAGGCGCCUUGUCAGGCGGAGAGGCCUUUGCCAUCGGCCUGAUUGCUAAACUUUGUGCGACUCUGGCAACGUAUCCGUACCUCGUUGUGAAGACCCGAGCGCAGACAAAACUUCACAACGUCCACGACAAUUCAGCUUCGUUUCGGUGUCUCUUGACCAUUCUGGAGACCGAAGGCGUUGGCGGGCUUUAUACAGGUUUGCAGUCCAAACUGGUGGCGACCCUGCUUUCUUCGGCCGUCAUGUUUUCCGUCUACGAAAAACUUUUGCCGUCGGUUGAACACAGUCUUCAGUCGUUGUCCGCUCCUCCCUCUGCUUCACUGCGUAUGCCACAAUUUUUGCCCUUCUCUUCUGUUUUAGCCAAAGCGUCUUCCCCGAAUGUCGCCCGUGUGCAGCAUCCGGACAGCCGAGGUCGACACUGUGGUUCGUAG